AGAUGGCAGUCCUGUACCAAAGGGAACAUUUGGUUUUGGUGAAGGGGAGAUCUGGUUAGAUAAUCUGGAGUGUACAGGAGAGGAAAGCAUGCUGUGGGAGUGUCCAAGCAAUGGCUGGGGAGUACACAACUGUAACCAUGAGGAGGAUGUGGGAGUCAUUUGUACCAAUGAUGUGCCCGUGUCCACCACACCAAAACCAGACAUUGUGCGACUGGUAGGAGGCACUGGACCACAUGAGGGACGUAUCCUCAUAGAACAUACUGGUAUCAAUGGUACAGUGUGCGAUGACCUGUUUGAUGAUGGAGAUGCUCGAGUUGUGUGUAGAACUCUGGGAUACAUAAAUGGAAUGAAGAUGGAUACAUCCAGUUAUGGUCAAGGUGAGGGCGAGAUUUGGCUGGAUGAUGUAGCUUGUACAGGGGAGGAAGACACUCUAUGGGAUUGCCCCGAUUUAAACUGGGGUACUCACAACUGUAACCAUGGUGAAGAUGUUGGAGUGAUGUGUACUAUGGAUGAAAGUCUGCCAACAAGUACCACCACUACGGCUGCACCACUCACAGUUGAACUGGUGAAUGGGCCAAAUCCUUCUGAAGGUCGUGUAGAGAUCAUCAGGUCAGGAACAAGGGGGACAGUGUGUGAUGAUAACUGGGGUCAUGAAGAUGCCCGAGUUGUCUGCAGGAUGCUUGGAUUUGUAGAUGGACGAUCUAAAGGUCAAGCUGCUUACGGCGAGGGCAGUGACCAGAUCUUACUGGACGAUGUGUCUUGCACAGGGGAGGAGACCAGCUUGAUGGAAUGUUCACAUAGUGGAUGGGGCAUACACAACUGUGACCACUCUGAGGAUGCAGGAGCAGUGUGCCUGACAGAGCCCUUCAUGGAAGCAUCAGUCAGCGAUAUUGCCAUCGGCCUAUUGGGUGGAGCCAAUGAGAAUGAAGGAGUGGUCCAGUUGGUCAGUGGUGGUGUUGCGGGUGGUUUAUGUAACUACCAGUCUCGCUACAGUGAUGAACAGGCUUCACUUGUGUGUAAAUCCUUAGGCUUCAGGAGGGGAGUACUGAUGACCAAUACUCCAACAUCCAGUCUGACCAGAGCAUGGCCCUACACUGUGUCCUGUCCCCCAACCAGUACAGUACUGACCAACUGUAGCCUUGAGGAGAAUCUGGAUGCUGAUGACUGCCCACCAUCCAGCUAUGUGGCAGUGUCUUGUACGUCUGAGAUUGAUCCAUCCACUGCACAUCACACACAGGUAGUAUGUGUUGAUGAUGCUGUGACACUAAGCUGUGCUGGGGGGCUGGAGAUUGUGGAUGCCACCUAUGGCCGAAAAGAUCGACAGACAUGUCCCAGUGAGAGCAUGAGAAGGAGACGCUGUAACGUGGCUGGCGUAUUUGACAUAAUACAUUACAUCUGUAAUGGUCAACAGAAGUGUAACAUUCAGGAUAUACAAAGGAUGUUCUCUGAUUUGGUCGACCCCUGUGAAGAUACCACCAAGUACCUAACUGUUCGAUACAACUGUGCUGUGGAUAUCGAGUUGGUGGAUGGAAAUGUUCCCGGUGAAGGUCGUGUGGAGGUCAUAUUAGAUGGUCAACAAAGAGGGACAGUCUGUGAUGACAGGUGGUCAGAUGAGGAUGCCGAUGUUGUGUGUAGAAUGUUGGGCUAUGAUAGUGGCGGUGUCGCUUUAGGACAGGCCCAUUUUGGGCGGGGUGCCAGUGAUAUCCCCAUCCUGCUUGAUGAAGUGAGAUGUGAUGGCACAGAGACUUCUAUCUUGAGCUGUACUCAUAGCAAUUCCCAUGAUUGCGGUCACCAUGAGGAUGCAGGAGUUAGAUGUGUCACGGAACCAAAACCCAAUCCAGAUGGAGAUGAUGAUGAUGAUGACAGUGAUGGAGACACCGUGGAUAGCUACAUCUUUCCAGGUUGUGGUAAGCGCCCAUUAGAGGACAUUAUCAAUGCUCGCAAGAAACGAGAAACUGAUGAUGACACAGUGAAAGUUUUAGGGGAGCCACCACGUGUAGAAAAGAUUAUUGGUGGAAACAAUGCUGAGUAUGGCAUGUUUCCUUGGCAGGUGGGAGUUAGGCUAAUUAACUAUGUGGACAGCUGGGACAACACCAAGUACCAUCAACAUUGGUGUGGGGCAACCAUUGUAAGUGAGUACUGGGUCGUCAGUGCUGCACACUGUUUUUAUGGCAAAACCAAGUCUGACUUUCUACUGAGGGUAGGUGACCUAAACAACAAGUCACCAGAUGACCACGAGGAAGAAUUUGAAAUAGAAACUUUGCUCCUGCAUGAAUCUUAUAAUGAUGUCACAUACAACUAUGACAUUGCUCUUCUGAAGGUGAAACAGAAGAAUGGUCAUGGAUUUGUUUUCAAUAACUACAUCCAACCUGCCUGUCUUCCAACUAGCAACACAGCUUAUACAACUGGCAAGAGUUGUCUUAUCUCAGGCUGGGGCACAACAGAGCUAGGUACACCUCACAUGCUGAAACAGGCUGUGGCUCCUCUGAUUAGUCGAGCCCAAUGCACACUGCUAUACAGCAAAUCUCAGAUCACUACGGCCAUGUUGUGUGCUGGCCUGGUUGCUGGUGGUGUUGACACAUGUCAAGGAGACAGUGGAGGGCCACUUGUGUGUGAGGAAAGUGCAGGAGUUUACACUCUGUAUGGAGCCACAUCUUGGGGAGCAGGAUGUGGACAGGCCAAUGCCCCUGGUGUCUACACUCAUAUCAAAACCAUUUUACCAUGGAUACGGGAUCAGCUUAAAACACACAGCUAACAUCUUAUCAGAAUUCCAUACAGCCGAAGAUUAAUUCGAAUCAUCAGUGGACUUCUUACAAUAUUGCAUAAUUAAAAUUGCAGCUAAUUUUCUUUUUCCAAUGUAUUAUGUUCUGAUGCUAAAUGUUUUUUAUGAUAAUUUGAAUGAACCAGAGGUUCUGAGUUUGAUUCUGGUGAUUGUUUGAAAUAAACAAUGAGCUCUAUUACAGUAACCAUAUAGUCUGAAUAACUGAAGAGUGCAUGGGAGAUUUGGAAAAUAGAAAGAUAACAAAAUACCAGUACACAAGAAAACAGGGCUUUGAAAUUAUUCCAAAUUAAAAUUUGUGUAUAUAUAUAUAUAAAACAUAGUAAGUGGUGAAUUAAGUUGAUAUAAUUAACACCUGAAGAUGGUGUUUAUAACUUAAAUAUUGUUUAGCUUUAAUUACAUCUUUAUGGGCUAAUCAUAUGUUGUGUAAACGGUAUGGAUUGGGUUGGGUCCGGUUGUUUGUGUUUUUUUUUUUUAUUCUAUUUUUUUUUUUUUUUUUUUGCUUUUGUGGUUCAACUAUUGCAGUAUUCACCAAAAUGCUUAAAACAGAAGGAAAUCCUGAAAACUUCUGGAAAGGGACUUUGAUUCCUCUUUUUCAUUUAAUUCUAAGGUAUCAAGUUUUUCUUUUUUUUCCUUUCAUUUUAUGCUAAAUAUUAGUAAUAAAAGCAUUUCCUGUAAAAGUGUUCAGGAAAUUAUUCUUAUACUAGAGUACACUCUUCAUAAUGCUCUGACUUUUCAUAAUGCUCUGACUGUACAUAUGCUCUGACUGUUCAUAAUGAUGCUCUGACUGUUCAUAAGGCUCUGACUGUUCAUAAUGCUCUGACAUCAACAGGUACUUUUUGAUUACAUUAUUGUACAGUUACACUUGUGAAUAGGAAUUUGUCUUGUAUACAUAGCUAUUGGGAUAGAUAGAACAUUACUGAAGUUGAGUUUGGGCGAUUAGUAGAAUGUUACAAUUGGGAUAAAUAGAACAUUACUGAAGUUGAGUUUGGGCGAUUAGUAGAAUGUUACAAUACCUUAAGGUCAGAGACAUUCAAAGUUUUCAAAUUUCUUCCCACAACAAUAGACCUAAUGAUUUUUUUUUUUUUUUUUUUAUCAAAUCCUAAUUUUUUUACUAACCCCAAAAGAAUAUUGCAUGAAAAUUUGGUGUAGGAGGAUGUUGUAUUUUACAAAUGAAUACAAUUAUGAAAUGCUAUUAAGGAAGAAAAAAUAAAACAUUUUAGACUGUUUUCAAAUUUAGGAAUGUGCUGUACAAUAAUCUAUUAAUAAAUUUUCAUUUGAUAUUUC